CAAGACCAAGUCUGAAGAGCCACUUUCCUUCCUCGGCCGUUUAAACUUUUUUUUUAAUCCUGUGGCUGGAAAGAAGUGUCACAUUUUGCUCACUCCCAAGCCUUCCCCCCCCACCCCCUCUCAGAGACCCUGGGCGUGUGGAGGGGGUGCUGUGAGCCACCUCCAGCCUCGGGUGCCUGCUGGAACGAACUUCAGCUCCUCUCACUGAAACGCUAUGAAGUUCCUCGGGAAGCCCAGGAGCCAGACAGCUGCCUCUCUGCCUCUUUGCUUGAUCUUUUUGAAGAUCCUGCAACCAGGGCACAGCCACCUUUACAGCAACCGCUACGCUGGUGAUAAGGUGAUAAGACUUAUCCCCAGUACAGAAGAGGAAGUGUACGCAUUGAAGAAAAUAUGCCACCGGCUUAAGGUGGACCUGUGGCAGCCCAGCAGUAUCGCCUAUGUCUCAGAGGGAACAGUCACUGAUGUCCAUAUUCCCCACAAUGGUUCCCGAGCCUUGCUAGCCUUUUUACAGGAAGCCAACAUCCCAUACAAGAUCCUCAUAGAAGAUCUUCAGAAAGUACUGGAAAAGGGAAGCAGUUCACAAGCUCAGAGAAAUCGAAGAUCCCUCUCUGAAUAUAAUUAUGAAGUUUAUCACUCCUUAGAAGACAUUCAAAAUUGGAUGCAUCAUCUGAAUAAUACUCAUUCAGGCCUCGUUCACAUGUUCUCUAUUGGAAAAUCAUACGAGGGAAGAUCUCUCCUUGUUUUAAAGCUGGGCAGGCGAUCCCGAGCUUACAAACGAGCUGUCUGGAUAGACUGUGGUAUUCAUGCAAGAGAAUGGAUUGGUCCUGCCUUUUGUCAGUGGUUUGUAAAAGAAGCUCUUCUAACAUACAGGAGUGACCCAACCAUGAGAAAAAUGAUGAAUCACCUGUAUUUUUAUAUCAUGCCUGUGUUUAAUGUUGAUGGAUACCAUUUCAGCUGGACCAAUGAUCGAUUUUGGAGGAAAACAAGGUCAAGGAACUCAAGGUUUCGCUGCCGUGGAGUGGAUGCCAAUCGUAACUGGAAAGUGAAAUGGUGUGAUGAAGGAGCUUCUAUGCACCCUUGUGAUGACACGUACUGCGGACCUUUCCCGGAAUCUGAGCCUGAAGUAAAAGCUGUCGCUAACUUUCUUCGAAAACACAAGAAGCACAUUAGGGCUUACCUCUCCUUUCAUGCAUAUGCUCAGAUGUUGCUGUAUCCCUAUUCUUACAAAUAUGCAACAAUCCCCAAUUUUAGCUGCGUGGAAUCUGCAGCUUAUAAAGCUGUGAAUGCACUUCGAUCAGCAUAUGGGAUACGGUAUAGAUAUGGACCUGCCUCUAGCACCUUGUAUGUGAGUUCUGGUAGCUCGAUGGAUUGGGCCUACAAAAAUGGAAUACCCUACACGUUUGCUUUUGAACUGCGCGACACUGGGCAUUUUGGGUUUUUACUCCCGGAGGUGCUCAUCAAACCCACCUGUACAGAGACCAUGCUGGCCGUGAAAAACAUCGCCAUGCACCUGCUGAAGAAGUGUCCCUGAGACGGCCCGA